UGGUUUUUUGCAUUGUAGUGUUUCACUUUACAAAAAGAGUCUCUUGGUGUGUUAUGGUACGAGUUCAUGUGAUAAGCUGUGGGUUAGGAGAGAAAAACAUUUGUGUUUACUCGGGUUACUGAAUAACAGGGGGACUUUAGGUAUCAGCUUUAAGGAAAUAAAGGUGCAGGUUUAGCAGUGCCACAUUUGUUCGAGCAAACAGGUGCGCUGCAGACUCUUUGCUGAAAGUGCGUAACAGGAGAUGAAGACUUCCUGGCUGUGUGCGACCCUCCUGCCCCUUUUCCUCUUCAGCUGUGCCCUUCCCGAGAAACAGUGCCAGUGGAAAGACAAUAUCCCAAAAAUCAACCGUGUAAAAGUCCACAGCAAUGUUUCUGUGCCCUGUCCAAGGUUUACAGCAGUGGAGAUGACGUUCAAGUUGUAUAAGGGCCAAAAGGAUGUUGCCUUCAUCACUUAUGGGAAUAUCUCACAUGUGAUGAACUCAGAAAACCUCGGAAGCACAAUGAACCACUAUGUCAAUACCAAUUCCAACACCACUCACUUUAUGCUUCACAACGUGACUAUCAAUGCCUCGGGCUUGUACACGUGCAUGGCUAAAAGGUCCUACCCUCCUCCCAUGGUGGACAUGCAGGAGGAACCUCAGACCAUCGUGAUUGUUGAAGAACAUGUGUGUGUGCAGAACAGCGCAAAACCAGAAUCUUCUACCAGUCAUCUGCUCCUGUGGGUGGGGUUCGGGGUUCUGAGCUUAUACGGCCUGAUCGUCACUUUUAUUGCAUUAUUGUUGAGGUUCCGUCUGAAAACUGAACAGAUGUCCUCACACGACUACAUGAACAUGAAGCCACGAACACGGCGGAGGAAGCAAGGCAUCCUUCACCCCACACACCUCAGCUGGUACAACGACACGGCCAAUGGCACUGCAGCCAGCAAGAAGCUUCCAACCAAAUGAACACGUGUUUAAAUCCAAGACUCAUCUCAAACUAAAUGGCCCAGCACUGCACAUUUUCAUUGUGUGUCUCCUGCUCUGAUCCACACGUUUAGAAAUGCAGAAGUGAACAAGUUGAUGAGUUUUAUUCAGGUGUGUUGGAGCCAAGAGAACAUUAAAAUAUGCAGCGCAGAGGGGAAUGCUGCACUAAACGAACCUCUAUUCAAUCACCCAUAAUCUUACUUGUGCAGAAACUGUAGCAAACUUCUAGGUUAUGUAGUUUUCUUUUUCUAUUGCUUUAAUCACUGAUGUGAUUUUGUAGAUUACAAAGUUACCUAAAAGCUUCAUGCUUGUUAAUCGAGAUAAAUAUUUACUUAUAUUAUACAUAUACCUAAUGAUCGAAGAUGCGUUCUCAACUAAUAGCAGAGCCUGGACUGUAGAGUCAGCUGAUCUCUGAUUUAAUGUCCAGAAUUUUUGGCACAUUGCAUGCAGUCUUAUCCAGUUUUAUUUAAACACAACAUUACUUCUUAAAUAACGCAAGUUUUUGGCACCCGGUACAAUCAUCCUUUAAUAAAUUUGUCCUGCAACAUUUUCUGUAUUUUAUACAGAAAUGCUUCGAGUCAUUAUCUUGUUAAAAGAUCCAUCUAUAACCAAGAAACCUCUUGGCUGGGGUAAACAAGUACCAGACUAAAAAGUCUGUUAUAGGAAUUGUUAAUUGUAUAUUUGUUUGCUUUUAUUUUAAAAUAUGUUUAUAAUGAAAUUGCCAUGAGUACUAGAAUUAUUGCCCAUUAUUUACCUGUUUUCUGUGAAGUUGACUGUGAACAUACACUACCAAGAGGGUAAAAUAAUGGCUUUAACACCGUAUGUAUGUUUUAAACUAUAUGUGUAAUAGGAGCUGUUAAGGAAUAGCAAUAAAAAAAAAAAAAUCUUGUAACAAUCGUUUUUCUUUGUGGUGAGGUUUUCACAUAUUGUACAAGGCAGUACAAGUG